GAAUCACAAUCAGAUUAUAUAUAUUCCACAGAUGAUAUGAAAACAAAUAAAUACAUUUAGACCACUUAACUAUUGAUUGCUAUUGGGACGUGAAGAGACUUUCAGCCAGCAUGUUUCUGAACCAAAUCACCUACCCUGCCUUUAUUUUGGGUGUUUUUCAAAAGGAUUCAUCAUGUGUGAAAUGUAUAAAAUGAGGUAAAAUUAUAUGAAACCUCUCCAGGUUUCUCUAAGGGUGCAUAAAGGAGUGCUUUCAGUGAUGAAUGUCCAGGAAGGAGAGCAGGUGGAGGGCCAGAAUGAGCAACAUCUGAACAUCUCAUCCAGCAGCCUCCAACAGCUCAACGACCUGCUGAGCAGACUGACCUACACCAGCACCAUCUACCACAUCAAGACCGAAGACCUCGCGUACUUCUCUUUUGAGAAUCAUGAGGUCAUAUUCCCGAUUGAGAUCAGACGUUUGUCAGUUCCUGUUCUGUUUGACCCAGGAAAAGAUGUGAACUCUCAGGUGACUGUGCUAAUUAAAGCAUUUCUGCGUUACAAAGAACUAAACGUCCUCAUCAACAGUAUCCGUCUGAACUACCCAAAAAUAAAGAUCAUUGUUGCUGAUGACAGUCUGAACCCAGAGAAGGUGGUCGGUGACAAUAUAGAGCACUACAUAAUGCCCCCAGCACAGGGCUGGUUUGCAGGAAGAAAUCUGGCAGUGUCGCAGGUCACCACUAAAUACUUCCUGUGGGUGGAUGAUGACUUUGUGUUUCUCAAUGAGACACGCAUUGAGAGCUUUGUGAACAUUAUGGAAGCCGUUCCUGAACUAGAUGUGGUUGGUGGUCAGGUAGAAAGAAAUCAGUUUGCUUUCCAGCUGAAAUACGAGGAAGGGAACAGCGAGGAAGGCGGCUGUAUCACGCGUGUCUCUCGUACCCAUGCGCCCCUGCCGGGUUUCAACGGCUGCUUCUUUGCAGAUGGAGUCGUCAACUACUUCCUGGGCCGGACGGAGGCUGUGCGGAGGGUCAGUUUUGACCCGUUCCUCAAAAGAGUGGCUCACACUGAAUUCUUUGUUGACGGGCUUGGACAUUUAUUAGUUGCCACCUGUAAAGGUCUCAUGAUUGGUCAUCAAAAACAUGGUUCCACAAACAACUACGGUUCCUACAGGCACCCUCCCAAAAGUGAUUCACAGGCGAAAAUGACCCACCAUUUUUUCAAGAACCAUCUGAAAUGCAUCAAAUACUAAGGAGCAUAUGAGGUGAAACAUGCCAUUCCUCACACCUCAUUAAUCAUUGGAUUUUUACAUUUUUUAUUUACUCUACAAAUCAAAGGUUUGGAUCUACUUAUUCACAUGAAAGCUUUUUUUCUUUUUUUACCAUGGAAUAACAAUUUAGCUAC